AUGAAGUCAGUUGUUAAAGAAGCCGGAAAGUAUGGAUCUAACAGUCAAAUACGGUGUUUAGUAUUUCGACGCUUAGCGCGGAAAGGUACUAGUCGGGGUUAUUCAAACUGUGGUAACCGCCUAAUUAGUUUAUUAGAAGUUGGGUUUUUUCGCCAAAAGUUUAUGCCAAAAGGACCUGUCGAAUAUGAUCGAAAUGUUGUGACCCAUGAAGAUCGUGAUGUCUGUCUUUAUUUGUUAACAUUAUGGCUUAAACGUGUUAAAAAUCGUUUCUUUGAUCGACAAGCUGAACGCUUAUUUCGUUUAUUAACUACAGCACUAUCUGAAACACAAUUACUACGUGAUCUCCUAUUUCCUCCAGGAAACAUCAAUACUGAUACCAUACUUUAUCCGUACUGGUUAUCGACUGAUCUGGCAAAGAGUAGUUUCAAACAACCCCAGAACAACAUUUACUGA